CGGUGACGUCAUGGGCGUCAGGACUCCAUUAGAGCUGCAGCUGUUUUGAGAGAAACAACAACAAGAAAACGGAGCUAACUGACAGCAGCUCCUCCACCACACACACACAGUGACAGUCCUCUUCCUCUCUGAAGCCCUGACAAAACGAGAGGGCCUCAAACCUGGAAGCUUGUAACCUUUCCAUUUCCCUCACCCGGAGCUCCGCCGGCUUCUAACCACGGCCGCUCUCGGUGAGGAAACUCUGGCCUCCGCUUCCUCCUCCUCCGACUCGGACACCGGCGGAGCGUCGCCGCCCCCGCGGAAGAAGCACCGAGCCUCGGCGGCGGAGGGAGCAGGAGAGCCCGGGGCUUCAACGGUACUAACAGGCCUCAUAUCAGGACUCGCUGCUACUCACUCUCAACAAGCCAUCCACUUUAACCGCGUCAACAACCUCAGUAUGCAGCAGGCAAACGGAGCAGGACAGGGACAAGAAUCUGCAGAGCUCUCCUGCCUUAUUAACAGCGCACAAAACGGGGAGUCAUCGUCCUCCUCCACUUUGGCCGGAGGAACACACUCCUCCAAUGGGCUGCUUCUCUCCAGCAGCACGGACAACAACGGCACCACCAGUAACGGUUCGUCGUCAACAGCAACCGGGCCGACUGCUGCUGCCUCGUCAACGGCCUCAACCUCCGAGCUGAAGAAGAAGAAGCGACUAUCGCAGGCGGAGGAAGAUGUCAUACGAUUAAUAGGGCAACAUCUACACGGACUAGGGCUGAAUAAGACAGUGGACCUGCUUAUGCAGGAAUCAGGCUGCAGACUUGAACACUCCUCAGCUACCAGGUUCCGCAACCAUGUCAUGGAGGGGGAGUGGGACAAGGCUGAGAAUGAUCUCAAUGAGCUGAGAGCACUGAUGCAUUCUCCCAACGCCAUUGUGCGUAUGAAGUUCCUCCUGCUGCAGCAGAAGUACCUAGAAUAUCUGGAGGAUGGCAAAGUCCUGGAGGCUCUGCAGGUGCUCCGGGGAGAACUGACGCCACUCAAGUACAACACGGAUCGCAUCCACGUACUUAGCGGGUACCUAAUGUGUAGCCAUGCUGAGGACCUGAAGGCCAAGGCAGAGUGGGAGGGCAAGGGCACCGCCUCACGCUGCCGACUGCUCGACAAAUUACAGACAUACCUGCCACCCUCUGUGAUGCUGCCCCCUCGGCGGCUGCAGACCCUGCUGCGGCAAGCAGUGGAGCUGCAGAGGGACCGCUGCCUCUAUCACAACACCAAGCUGGACAGUAGUCUGGACUCUGUCUCUCUCCUCCUCGAUCAUGUCUGCAGCAGGAAGCAGUUCCCCUGUUACACCCAACAGAUUCUGACAGAACACUGUAACGAAGUGUGGUUCUGCAAAUUCUCAAACGACGGCACCAAACUAGCCACUGGCUCCAAAGACACUACGGUCAUAAUUUGGCAAGUGGACCCGGAGAGCCACCAGUUGAAGCUGCUGCGAACCCUGGAGGGUCACGCAUACGGUGUCUCCUACUUAGCCUGGAGUCCCGACGACACCUACCUGAUCGCCUGCGGACCCGACGACUGCUCCGAGCUGUGGCUCUGGAACGUUCAGACGGGGGAGCUGCGGACCAAAAUGUCCCAAUCCCAUGAAGACAGUCUGACCAGCGUGGCGUGGAACCCUGACGGCAAACGUUUUGUCACCGGAGGACAGAGGGGACAGUUUUAUCAGUGUGACCUGGACGGUAACUUGUUGGACUCCUGGGAGGGCGUGAGAGUGCAGUGCUUGUGGUGCCUGGGUGAUGGUAGAGCAGUGCUGGCCUCGGACACCCACCAACGUAUCCGGGGUUACAACUUCGAGGACCUAACGGACAGAAACAUAGUUCAGGAGGACCAUCCUAUCAUGUCUUUUACUGUUUCAAAGAACGGAAGAUUAGCUUUGUUAAAUGUAGCAACUCAGGGAGUGCACCUGUGGGACCUUCAGGACCGGGUGCUGGUGAGGAAAUACCAAGGUGUGACCCAGGGCUUCUACACCAUCCACUCCUGCUUUGGAGGACACAACGAAGACUUUAUUGCCAGUGGCAGCGAAGACCACAAAGUGUACAUCUGGCACCGGCGUGGCGAACUUCCCAUCGCUGAGCUAACAGGCCACACGCGUACCGUUAACUGUGUGAGCUGGAACCCGGCCAUCCCAGGACUCAUGGCUUCCGCCUCAGAUGACGGCACAGUGCGUGUCUGGGGUCCUGCACCCUUCCUCGACUCGCAAGAGGCGGACGGACUCAACGAAAACUGCAGUAACAUGGACAGUUGAUGGUCACUUAUGGAGCAGAUGACAUCUCUCUUUAACAACAAUCCAAGAAUCCGACAAUAAAAGAAAAUCGAAACGGGCGAAUCGAGACCUUAACGCCAACCUAGAAGCAAGACGAAACAACAACAAAAAGCCACCAAGACAAAAAAAGAGAAAACAAAAAGUGAGAAAAAUGUGUCUCCUGACGGUCCUAGACAAAACGGUGGAGGUGACAGCGGAUACUCUGAAAAUUCAGGUUCCUCAUCCAAAACCUGAUCCUGACCCAGAAGGAAAAACCAGUCAACGCCUAGCGGGAUACGACAACGCCAUCCACUGGUGAGCUGUAACGGCUGUUCUCCUCCUCCAACUGACCCUUCUUCUCCCUCCCCCCACCCCCCCACCAUCUCGCUGCAUGGUCACCAGCCAUGCCAGGAAAAACCCACCUCCACCUUGAGCUCGGAGCACAUCGAGUCCCCGUGAUGCCUCCAGACAGACACCGCAGACCGGCCAGUCUUUAAUCGGACUACAUCUGUCUGCCUGUUUGUCUCUCACAUCACCUGUAUAAUGUCUCCAUGGAUAUGGGUGGGGUGUUGUUGGGGGAGGACGGUGCAUAAGGGGGGAUAUAGCAACUCUUCUGUAUGUGUGUUUUCCUCUACCCCCCCCUCCCACUCUCUUGCUAUAUUCUUCGCAUUCGAUCUGUUGGACAAAGGCUGAAAAAUCCACCAUAAAAAACACUGACCGACCAGCUGACAAAGAACACACAAAAAAAGGCUAUGCUAAAUGUUGGGAUUUUUUUAUGAUAGUCAUAGCGUAAUUCUCAUUUAAAGAGGUGAAUCUUAGCUCAAGUAGUGCCCGUGGAAAGCGUGAAGAUUCCACUUUGUGUUUCUCGACAUUAGGAAACUUUUUAUUCCUUAAUUUAACUUCUAACACGGACAGUCGCUGUAAUGUUUCCAGCCGACAGCUCCCCCCAAAACCCCCCUCCCCCCACCCCCAGCCCCCUCUGUCGAGCUAGCUACCGCACAACUCCAUUACAUCUGCCUAAGAGGAGAUGGACAGAGGGAUUCACGGGUCGCAUAUCAACGGCGAGGGGGUCAGACGUUUGGUGGUGAGGUGGGGUUUCCACUUGUCAGGACACAUACUGCGACCUUUUCUCAAAAGACACGCUUUCAGAUGUGAAGUGCAACUCGGGAUUGCACGCCGUUGACUUGCUGUCCCUCCUCUGUGUGUGUGUGUGCGCGUGUGUGUUUGUGUGUUUGAGAGAGUGAGUGAGAGCGAUUAUGCAUGCACACAUUAGUGUGAGAGUUGACAUUUGUGGGUGCAGGUUUAAUUGGCGCGUGUUUUUUUUUGUAUGUGUUCAAUUCACACCAGCAGAAGAUUCACCCCCCCUCCUCCUCCUCCUCCUCCUCCUCUCCCUCCUCUUCCUCCUCCCCUAUGCUCCUAAUCCCCAUAGUGAAAUUGUAAAGAGGAUUUUAAACCAAUUCUAAGUUAUCCAAAGCCCCAUAGGGACCUCUAUCUGUGGAACAAAGAAUACUUGAGAGACAUUUUGUAAAAAAAAAAACAAAAAAGAAAAACUUUUCUUUAAUCCGGGGCUUUAAUUUUUACAUUUGAAUUUGUUUCUCCUUUACCGCGUGGCAUUUCGAACGGCACUGAGUUUAUUGGCGACGAAUCGUCUCUGUGGGGGAAAAAAGGAAAUUUAAAAAAAAAAUUUGAGUGAGGCAUGUUUUCAACAAAAAAAAAAAGAAGCUGUAAAACUGUUGUGUUUAUUAGCGAAGGGUCAUUUCAUAUGAGAAGUUAAUGAUUGUAAUUAUUGAGCGAGUAGUUAGCACGGCCCUAGAGACACGAGGCACCAAUAACCAGAACCACUCUUUUAAGGGAGUGUUGUUACAAUCCUAAAACAAACACACACACACACACACACCCACAAACUGCCUUCCUGUUCAUACAGUUGCACACAAACCUUCAGUAUGUAUGACACCCCCUCCCCCCCACUGCACUUUGAGUGGUCUUCUUUUGCUCACUCGCUCCUACUGCAACGGCAUAAAUCCAUAAGCUUCUUCUCAUAGUCUUAUGGUCGCCACACUGAUGGCUUAAAAAGGCUGCAUUGGCAAAGACUCAAAAACCUAACAGGAAGAUCGCUAAAGGAAUUGAACCCUCACUAUGCCUCCUAUGCACCCAAAAGCAGUGACUGAUCAUCUUGUAGACAUUAUAAAACCUCGCGCAUAUAAGGCACAGCAGCCUCAUCUCGAGGGUCUUGGAGCUUAGAGAGAAUUCAGCAUUACACACCCCCCCCCCCCCAACUCCUCCUCCUUUUUUGCUCUCCAGCCAAGUUACUCAGUGGUCAGUGCACCAUUCAAAGCUUUCUUCCUCCCUUUUUUCAGGGUAUGUAAUGACUAUUUGCUACAGACUGAUAUACAGUAAAAACAUGUUUAAAAUCAGUGCUUUUCUGUCUGUUUUUAUUGAACUUUUUUGUUACUUUAAAUUUUUUUUGUUCACAUUAUAUAUCAUUUUUUGGUUGACCUCUAUCCCUGUAUGAUCAUAUUAAAAUAUAACCAGACAUUUGGAGUCCUCAUUUCUUUUGUAGUCUUUAUAACCCCCUUGUUAUCUUUAAUUUUUUAAUAUUUAAUAUUUUUUUUUGUUUCUUUGUAUUCAGUUGCAUUUUACCUACCACUACUAUUACAAAUAUGCACAGUAACACCCAUGCCAAUUGGAGCGGGGAGAGUUUCUAAGGAAGUGUGUUACCUACAAUCAAAUCAGGUUUGAACUUAUCCACCCCGCGCCUUUAAAAGAGUUUCCUUCAUGUGAAAAUCUACUUCAUCGCAUGUCUGUGUUACCGAAAUAUCUCUCUUGGUGUGCCAUUGUUUAUCGAUCCGACCCUUCAUCGAAGCCAAAUCACUCAAGGCGCACUGGUGUUUUUUCUGUAGGUUGCGUCAUGGUCUGAUAUUCACACUUUGGAAACCUCUAUCUCAACUCCUGGACUGCAGAACGGACUCCUCUUCCACACCCGAUAUUACUUCAGAAGACUUGAGGCAAAUCGCACACACUAAACCCUAACAAGAGUUUCAGUAAAGCCCAUCAUUCACCUGCUGGUGGCAAAAUGCUAUGUCUGUAUGCAACCUGGUGUCUACUCUUCUUUUGUCUUGAGUUUACCAAGGGAGUCGUUUCUGAUUUAACUAUGUCUUAUAUUUCUCUCUCUCUCAGAGGUGAUGGUGGGAAGGAUCCGGGUGGGGAAUAUACUAAGGGCUUACUGUAGCAUCUCUAAGUUCCUUGGGCUGUGGCGGGAAGGGGUGAUGUGUGUGGCUUUGCGUUCAAUGUGUUAUUUACAAAAGUGAUUGUACUGUUUUGUAUUGUUGUGUAGGAAAAGUGUUAUGUAUGCAUAUUUUCAAUAAAGCAUUCAGGGUUUUGAAAAAACAAAAAAGGCCCAUGGUAGUUUGAUGGGGCAAGAAAUUGUGAAGGCCCCUAGAAUAAAGUUACCCAGAAAAAACAUCUUUAAAUGCAGAAAGGGGGACCCAGGUUGGCCCUGAAUCACUGCUUUUGGCAAAGCAUGUGUCUCUAGUGGAAAACACUGGGUUGGAUUUGUGUCAAAAUUCUACUUUGUAUUCAUUUCUAAAUGUCUUGAAAGCAAUUUCUGGAGCCAGAUCAUCUGGUAAGAGGCUAUCUUCGAUGCCAUUAGGAAUAAUGAGAACAAUUGCCAAUAAAGUGACGUUAUUUUGAGUAAUCCUUGUUGUUGGCCAUACGUUUCUAUACAAAACUUGCUGUUUACUUUAGGGAGUGGGUGCUGGCAAAAUGUGAGAAUAUCUUUGGAGACCCAAAGUGUUUAUUAUUAAAAGUGAUGAAGUUAAUAAUCCUGUGAAUUGAUACAGACACAAUAUAUAAUAAAACCAUGAAAUUGUGAAA